CCAUCUCUUAUCAAAUACAACCAUCUUAUCUCUCGCUUAUUUUGUUGGUGUCCCCUAAACAGGCGGCAUGGAGAUAACUUGUUUGUUGUGUUUAUUGUUAGUAGUCUCGUUUUGGUCUGUCGAUGGUACCGGAAGCGCAUGCCGAGAUUUAGACCACGACGCAUGCGUGGCAAUGGCCAAGCAGAAUUCACAAAUAUGCUCUGACCAGAUUCUGGCAAAGACGGCUUGUCCCGGGUACUGUAACAUUUGCCCUGUUACAUGUUAUAACUGCAACACCACAAGUUCCGACGUCAGUCAGUGUAACACAGCCACGUGUGCAAAAGGAGAAAUGUGUUUGCUAAAGACAGUGAGCAGGACCGAAAGUACAGAUCUGUACAGCAUGAUGUGUGGACCUCAAACGAUCUGUUCAAUUGGCCGAAAAAGAAAUCAACAUUCGGAUGUCCUCGGUUUAAAAUCACGUGACACGUCGAUAGAUCUGCAUUGCUGUGAUUCUGACUUGUGUAAUACUCCUUCUCAACGUCUUCCAACAACAACAACAACUACUACUACUACUUCCGCUCCUACCUCGAGGCAGACUGUCACACAACACGCAACACACCAUCCGACACACCCAACACACCAUCCGACACACACAACACAUCAUCCGACACACGUAACACACCAUCCGACACAUGCCACUACAGCAGCGACAGCUUGUAAACAUCACUCGUGUUAUAAUCACGGUGUGUGCAAACCUGCAACCAGCAGUUUAGGGUUCGUCUGCCAGUGUCCACUAGGAUUCUCUGGAGCUAGAUGCGAAAAUAAUACGCACUGUAACAGUCAGACGUGUCAGAACGGUGGAACAUGUCGCACAACAUCGCAUUAUCCUUACUAUUCCUGCAUCUGCUCAAGCAAAUACUAUGGAAGACAUUGUGAACUUAAAUUACUUUGUGACCAAAAUCCAUGUCAAAAUGGAGGAAGUUGCUAUAUGUCGAGCCAUAGCACGCAUUACUAUUGUUCUUGUCGCAGCGGUUACCAUGGGUCAAUGUGUCAAUAUCAUUCAAAGUGUGAUACUAACCCUUGCCUCCACAAUGGCCUGUGUUUAGAUACGAGUACGAGAGACGGUUACAGAUGCCACUGUCGAUCUGGUUUCUCAGGAGAAAGAUGUCAAGUUAAUUCAUACUGUGACCACCACCCAUGUAAAAACGGAGGAGUAUGUAAUGUAUUGAGCCAUACACCGUAUUACAGAUGUUCUUGCCGCACCGGUUACAAUGGAUCUUCGUGUCAACAUGCAAGUUCAACAACAGUGUCUCCAAAGAAACGAUUUUAGAAUAUUUUCUUUUUUAUUGAUAUUUAAUUGAAAGACAGAAACAGAAAGAAAUAAAUGUCAUUAACUGAA